GCUUAAGAUGAAUCACAGUGAUGCAAACAGCAGAGGGAUGCCAGAACAGCCGUUUAAUUAUUGAAACAGGCAGCAGCUCAGUGCUUUGUUAUGAAUUGUACAUGGUACAUAUCUGAUACAUGGUGUCACAGUGUGUCAGUGUGUGCUUGUGUCAGUUAAACUACCCCUCAUGUUUGGAACCCUCCCACUGGCAUAGUUUUUCAUUUUAAAAAGGAAAAAGUCAGUUUCUUGUCACUACUAUGUCAUUAAGAUACAGAGUUUAUAUCACUUAUAAAGUACCAGUUAAACUGGCAGAGAUGUAUUCACAUUAAGAUCAGAUCACUUGUCGUGAUUAGCACUGUUCAGUCUGGGAAAACAGUUGCAGCUCUCUUAAAGGUACUCUGUGGAGUGUUGUUGUAAAGAAACAAAAGUACUGUUUAUAUUCACUGUUAAUCACCUCUGUACCCUUGAGCUACUCCAAAGAUGUUGAGUACAUUUCCUAAAAUAUUUGCAAAUCUAAUUUUUUAAAAACCCCUGCAUUGUUUACAUCCAUGUUUGCUAGCUUGCAGUCAUCUUUGCAGCCUUUGUUAGUGCGUUGCUGUGUUUCCUGGCACAUUACCACCGCCUGUCCAUCUGUGAAAUAGUGUGAAACUGUUGGCAGGAAUUUGUAUCAGGUCACCAGUAUGUGCAUGUGUAUGUGCACGACAAACAAAACAUACACCUGCUAGAAAAAAGCUGGUGAAUAGAGCUACUAGGGGUAAUAAAAAAAGCUCUAUGGGUACCUUCAGAGAGGGUGUAGGGGUGGUACUUACAGCAGGAGGUGUGUAUGCACAGAGGAACCCUAACCCUAGCCCUAUCCCUCUGUAGACAUGUUAGAUAACGGCUAGCGAUUAGGGAACACGUUUGAAAUUUACAUUAAAAUGACCAAGUUUGUGUAUCUUCUAGUCUUGCAGGCUGCAGAUGGACACUGUUGUCCCUUUAAGUCUAAGACAAUAACCCAUGUGACGUCAUCAGGGUUAUGAAGAUUUUUCCAAGGACCGCAAUGAACAGCACCACAGUGAUGCAGGGCCAUUUCAGUCUGACUGCCCUGCUAAUGAGAGAAAUUAGUUUCAAUAUGGGAAUUGCAGGAUCCAUUUUUGAGCUUGUCUGUAACAGUCUUUAUUUCAGCUGCUGCAGCCCUCUGCAUUUUAAACCUUCUUCUUUUUUAAGACGUCUCAGAGUCUUCUUCUUUACAGAGGAGCAACAUUAAAUCACCAAAGUGCCCCUUUAAAUUAUUAAUCAAUGAGCUGUUAGACAUAUUACUCGUGAUGAUUAAGGUUUAAUGGUAUAAAUAACUACAUUUUCUAGCCUCCUUAUAGAAUAACCACCCUCUUUAGUGAGGCGUUAGUCUUUUGCUUAUUGCAGCAUGUAGCGUAUCCGCUGAAAUAAAUCACCUGAAAAUUUGCACUAACCUGCUUUCCAUAACUGAUGUUCUGUUCACUUAGUGGUAGUGGUGCAUUAUCAUUACUAACCGGCGGUCAUAGUUCAGCCCGUGGUUUGACGCUACAGCACUAAGAAGCAGCCGCGUACCACAUAAACCUCCCAGUAUUUCGUUAUUUAUCAGUCGCUGGAGGCCGAGCGAGAGGAAACCUUUUGAUCCGCGAUCGCCUCGCAGCAGAAAUGAUUCACUUGUUUAUUCAAACAGGAACCUUAAGCUGACGAUUAAAGUGUAAUAUACACUAUCGUCAAAUCUCAGCAUCCCCCCCCACACACACACACACACUCACACACUGGAGCUCCGCCACAGCCUGCAGCUGCAUUGACGGUAAACAGAGCAAGGUAGCGCAUGAGCAGCCAGCAGGGAAUUAUUCCACAUCGCAUCACAUCCCUGAGCAUACAUGGCGUCCUCACACACCGAGCCAUGAAUUUAGUGUGCAGGCUGACGGGGUAGCCGCCAAUUUUUCUCCCCUCUUUUUUCUGUUUUAUUAUUAUUAUUAUUAUUUGCAGCAAUCAUUCUCUGCGUCGGUGUGCAGCAGCAGCAGCAGCAGCAGCGGGGGAAGACUCGGCGCACAUUGCAACGAUAGGUAUCAUCAUUUUUCGGGAUCAAGACGAUGGAUGUGGGCUCAUCCGGAUCUAUUCCUGCAAAUACGGCGGACGACGGGCGCGAUUUUUUAUUCCAGACGCAUCCACAUCUUCCGUAUGUUGCAAGGUGUCUUUGAAAACGGUGCGGACCUCUGGAGGAAAUGAGAAGAAAGAUCUAUUUUGACUCACGCCUGUCGAGAUGGAGGCAUCAUUAAGAGGACCUGUACAUUCAAGAUCAAACACACCUCAUUAGAUCAUUAAGGAUCAUUAUUAUUCUGCGUAAGAGCAAAGAGGGAUCUCUUAGCUGUGACCUGCAGUUUCUUUUUUUUUUUCUAUGAGCGCUGAAUCGCAACAAAGAUCGAUCCUACCGUUGACUCAAUGUAGGAACUGCUCCCUCCGAUUCCCACAACCUCUACUCUUGUUUGGAUUUCAGCAUUCAGUCGAAUCCACCAGGACAGAGUAUGCCAUCUGCACCUUUUCACAGAAUCCUACGACCCCUUCUGCUCGGCACAUUCAUACUGGGAUGCUUUGUGACUCUGUUUUUGAUGUAUUUUAAACCAUCCACCAGCUGGUUAUCAGGUCCCGUAGAGUCAACAGUAUCCACAGACCGGGUCAAGAACCUCUUCUCCACCAAGAGUGACAAAAACGUGACCACCGUGCUGAUCUGGCUCUGGCCCUUCGGACAGACCUAUGACCUGAGUGUCUGCAGCUCUCUAUUCAACAUCGAGGGCUGUUUCAUCACAGCAGACAGAAACCUCUACAAUAAAUCGGAUGGGGUCGUCAUCCAUCACCGAGACAUCUGCACUGACCUAUCCAACCUGCCCCCGCUCCAGCGACCAUCCUUCCAGAAGUGGAUAUGGAUGAACUUGGAGUCGCCGUCGCAUUCGUCCCAGCUGCCUGGGAUCGAGAACCUGUUCAAUCUGACUCUCAAUUAUCGUCAGGAUGCUGACAUUGAAGUGCCUUAUGGGUCCAUCGUAGCAGCGGAGGGUGAAGAGGACUUCAUCCCACCCAGCAAAAACAAGCUGAUCUGCUGGAUUGUGAGCAACUGGAACCAGGACCACGUUCGGGUGAAGUACUACAAUGAGCUGUACAAACACAUUGAGGUUCAUGCGUAUGGACAAGCCUUUGGGGAGUACAUCUCCGACCAAGACUACUUCCCCACCAUCGCCAGCUGUAAGUUCUACCUGGCUUUCGAAAACUCCAUCCACAAGGACUACAUUACUGAGAAACUGUACAACCCACUCUCUGUGGGAACAGUGCCAGUGGUUCUCGGCCCGCCCCGGCAGAACUACGAGAACUUUAUCCAGGGAGACGCCUUCAUCCACGUGGACGACUUCACCUCGCCGAAGGAGCUGGCCGAUUACCUGCUGCUUUUGGACAAGAAUGAGGAGAUGUACCUCAGGUACUUUGAGUGGCGGCGGCACUUUAAAGUAAAGAAGGCCUAUUUCUGGGCAGAGCACACAUGCCUGGCUUGUGAUUACCUGCGUAGGCACAAGGAGUAUAAGGCAUUCAAUAACCUUGACAAGUGGUACUGGGGAGGAUAGUGCUUUGAAGGGCUAUGCAGCGCUUGUUUUGUUGUUGAAGGCAGCGCUUUAAGAUUUUUGUCCUUCGGUUGACAUGAAGGUUUAUUACUGUUCUGUUCAGAGCUCCCGAAUGAUGUUUUUCUAUUGGUUCAGUGGCCGGGUGAGAUGUCCAUCUUGUUUUUUUAAUUUGCAAGCCAAUUUUGCUAAGCCUUAUUUUGCCUUUUGAAUUAUUCAGUUAUUAUUUAUAUUUAUUUUUUAUGACUUACAAAUGCACUACAUUUUUUAUUGUUAUUUCAACCCAUGUUUUGCUUAAGAUGAUCACAUUUGCUGCUAUUUUUUUUAAUGUUUUUGUCCUAUUGCUAGUGCGAAUGCUUGAUUGUAUGAAUGUUCCUGUAUAACAGACAACAUUCAUGAUGCAAGGUUAUUGUUUUUUCUUUAAAUAUCACCUUCUCGUGAAGUGGCACACAGUGGACCUUGCAAUAGUGUUGGCUGCAGAAGGAGACUGACAUAAAAGUGAAAAUAUUUAUGUAAUAUUUAUUCAAGUGAGGCAUUAUAUGAUAAAAAUCAAUCUCAUCUGUGCUAGUGAUGCAGUCACCUAUGCAGUGUUUACUGAACUCAAAUGUGAAAGUAGUUCAAUUGUGUCAUGUACAUAUUGUGUAUUUUUGGAAUUAUGUAGCUGUCAUUUUUUUCCAUAUUUUUGUAAGUUUGCAUUUGCACUGCUGAUUCAACUGUUACCUAUCUUUACAUAUGUACAAUAAGACAGACGGUCAUCAUAUUAUGUGGUUGUUGAUGGCAUAUGGUGAUCAUUACCCCAGUAGUCUGACAGCAGAUGUGACUCUGCUCUGUGAGAGGGAGGUUACUAUUUUAAUCAUGUUGUGAAUUGUUCAUUGUCACAUGUAAUGUGUCACAGUGCAGUUGGAUUCCAUGUGGAUGAUAGUACAGUAGAGCCAUUGUACCAAAAUGUGAAACUCCCACACACACACUCAUUAUGUUGCAUUCUGAUUUGAUCUACGAAUGUCUGUAAUUUUUGACUGACUGCAGUGACAGGAAAGAGCACAAAAUUAACACAUGACCGAAUCCUUCUAUCAAGCUAUUUUUCUGUGUGUACUGUACUCUCAUCCCACAAUUUGACCUGAAAUAUUAACAUUGAUAUUUUCAACUAUUUCCAACAGAUGUUAUCAUAUGGUUAAAGUAAGCGUGAAUUAGACCAGAUCUGCCCACAUGUUUGGGACUGGACGAGAAAAAUGUGAGACGUUCGUGAUAAGAUUGUCCAUGUUUCUGUCUUUGAAUCAUCACACCACAGUGUUGUUUGGGGAGUUGGCAGUUGCAUGUUAAAGAUAUUUUUUCUGGAUUUUGUUUUGUUUACACUCCUGUUUACAGCACUACACCACUCAAGAUCACACUACAAAAAGACAGCUCUUCAUCUGUAGAUAUCACACCUCUUCUAAAUGUCAUCAAAACCACUAUUCCACUGAACAAUGCAUCUCAACAGCACUCAGCAGCUAUUGACAUGAUGGUUAAGUUUUUACAGAAGUACUGUGCAAAACCAUGUCAACAUUUUAUGCAAGAUAAACCGGUGGUUUCUUGGUCAAAAUACUCAAAUAUGUGUCAGGUUAUUAUCAUUUUGAUAUUUCGUCACUGUCAAAGGGACCAUUGAUGUAAAUUAUGAUGAAUCCAAUUAUUUUUCUUAUGGAAUAUGGUUCUAAAUGCCAUAACAAAACCUGUAUAUAAACCUUGUUGUAAACUGAAUCGUCAUCUGGAUCAAACCAGCCCACUAACACAGAUCAUUCCUGUAUGUGAGCUUAGACUGAGGGAGCUCCUGCAGUGUUUGCAUUUCUGUGGGAAAAGAAACAGUGUGUUGUAUAUAUUUUUAAUGUUCAAAUCUCUUUAUAACAUGCAAGUGUUGUCAGGCAGUGAAUGUGAUUUCGCUGUACCUUUGUAAGUAACGCUGGUGCUUCAAGAGACUGUGAAUCAAGAUGCAAGGAGAGAGAGAGACACUUGAAAAGGACAACCAGCAACAGAGACAAUGGGUUUAGUGUUGUAAGGUGGACAAUUUCGUCACAGGAGCCAAUUUUACACUGAAGAAGUUAUUUUUUAUUAUUAGGCAGUAAUCCUGUUGGCAUGACCCAAUUGAAAAAGUCUUGCCAAAAUGCAGCAGAGAUAUAGCACUUUUAUUCAUGUGGAGUUGUGUGACUCACUGUGCUGGUGGCUGUCUUAGAUGGAGCUAUUGUGAGUUCAGAAACUGUCACCCAAGACCUCGGCGUGUCCCAGAGAUUAACUAUGAAACUGCCACUCAUGGUUUCAUAUUGUACAGUCCAAUCUCAUGUAUGAAAACAAAGGUUUCUUGUCCAAUGUGGUUGGUGACUUUAAGAAACAAAAGAUUUGUUUUUCUGCGUGUCGUCUGCCCCUUUCACCAUCUCUCCCUUUCUCUUUUUUUGCACAAAAACAAACAUGAAGAGCUGUGGCUACUCUGUCUCCAUGUCUGAGUCUGUGAGUGUGUCACAGCACCAGAGAGUGAAUCAGGAUGUCUCUGGAUACUAUCUGACCUGGCACUGAUAUUGCUGGAGUCCUUAAAAACACUGUAUACUAAGUGAAAUCUUCCUGUGUGGUUGAACUUGAAGAUUUCUCCAGAAAUGCUCAUUUUCUGCCAGUUCACUGAAACUAUCAGUGAGUCAAUCAGUACAAGUUUUUUGCCAAAUCAAUGUAUUUUGCCAAAUGUUGUGUUUUAACUGUAGAUGUCUGAUAGUGUCAAAGAAAAUAAAGAUAUGGAUAAAUGAGCAAAGACGAA